CGAAGUGAAACCACAACAAAAAAAUCUUGCAAAAAUGAGUUUAAAUGCUGCCAGGGGCAUUUUCUUUUGCCUGUUUGCUUUUUUGGCAGCAUUUAUAGCACCCAUAUUUAUGCUAUUUCCACUUCUGCCCCUACUUUUCCUCCCACCUAUCGUAAAACCGACAAUAUUUAGGAAGAUAGUUGACCCCCUGAUUUGGUACUGGGAAUCCUUGUUGGUUGGUUUGCUGGAUCAUGUAGCCUGUGUCAAAACCGUCAUCACAGGUGAUCGAAUAAGGUCUGACGACCACUGUCUCUUCCUGAUGAAUCACCGAACUCGACUUGACUGGAUGUUCUUCUGGCCGUGCCUGUUUAAACUGAACGCAAUGAGACACGAGAGAGUCGUCUUGAAGGGACAACUAAAACAUGUGCCAGGACCAGGUUGGAGUAUGCAGUUCGGUUUGUUUGUUUUCAUCCAGCGCAAGUGGGAGCUUGAUAAGCUCUUCUUGACAAAGAUCCUUGAUCAUUUCAGGGAUGUCAAAAACACUGCUCAAUUGCUAUUAUUCCCAGAAGGAACAGAUCUGACCCCAUUUACCAAAACUCGGAGUGAUGCAUUUGCAGAGAAGAAUGGUCUGCCCAAGUUUAAUUAUGUGCUUCACCCCAGGACAACAGGCUUCACAUUUCUUGCUCAGCAUAUGAAAAAAAAUGGUACUUUAGAUGCCAUAUACGACAUCACCAUUGGUUACCCGGUCAACAUUCCACAGAAUGAACUCAGUCUCUUCAAAGGAGAUUUCCCACAGGAAGUGCAUUAUCAUAUAAAACGCAAUCCGUGUCACCAGAUUCCAGAUACGGAAAAAGGCCUCGUCUCAUGGUGCCAAGAAAGAUGGAGUGAAAAAGAGGAAAGAUUAGAACAGUUCUAUGCCCAAAAGCACUUUAGUGAACCGCAAACAGUUUCACCUGACUCGAGAAAUUUACAGUCGUUCUUCACUGUUAUAUCGUGGCUUGUACUUUUGUUCUUUCAAGUUUGGAUGUUGGUUAAUUUUUCGUUAAUUCGUUGGUACGCUUUAUUUGCUCUUGCUACCAUGUUGUUCAUUGAUCUGAGAUUAGGCGGUCUGGAUAACUUUCAGAUUGAUACUUAUAACAAGUUGUUUAGAGCUAAGAACGAUUAAGGUUUUCUCAUCAUCAAGUGUCGAAAAUCAGAUUUCUCAAUGAAAUCAAAGAUAUGUUAUUGUCUAGAUCUGAACCAGUGUCAAAGAUGUAUCCAGUAUUAGAUCUGAACUGAAAUCUGUCCAUUUUUUUUCUGAACUAGGAUUUGUUUCAUCUUUAUCUGAACUAGUCAAGACAGGAGGACAAUAAGAGACUGCAUAAAGCUGUAUGAUGAGCUCUCUGAUGUCCUUUGUACAAAAGUGAAAGGUAAAAAAAGAGCAAACUGACAUGUACUUAUAGUCUUAUCGAUGCUGAUUGAUUCUCUUCUCAUGAAAAAUCUCAAGGCUUAUCUGGUAUCUUGUAUUGAAAUUUACCAAAUAUUUGUCAACUGAUAAUAUAUACUGUUUGUGGAUUUGAUAGUGUAAAUAUUGAAACAGUGUAACUGGAAAAUGAUGUAAGCGAACCUUGUAUAUUUUUGUUCACAGUUACAUAGUGUAUAAGACUAAUUUGCGGUGUGCUUUAUAUAUUUUAUGCUGGAUACAUGUUUGUGUACGGUUUCACCAAAAAAUUUAUCCUUUUUUGGAAAAAUAGGUCUGAGAUGUGCACAAGAUAGAGAAGACUUUACAACAUUUUUUUAGGCCAUUAACUUACUCAGGAUAAUGUAGUCAUUGUCUAACUUUACCUAGUUUUAUUUUUGCUAAUUAACUGUUGUUUUAUAUUUGUAUUACAUGUAUUUUUUUCUAGUUUGAAAACCUAGCAUAAAGUUGAGAAGGGCUCUUGAAUUUUGCCAAUUCACAGAGACUCUAUCAAACAUAUGAAAAUAACAAGCACAAAAACAACAAUAUUGUGAAACAAAUGUCACAUGAACUUUCACGGAGGAAUAGUGGGAGGUUUCUGUUGCUAAGCACUUAUGAUAGAAUUAUGUCUUGGGUAAAUUUUGAUUAACUUUGCCAUUAUCAUCAAUGGGGGCCCAGCCUUCAGCCAAGCUAUUUUGUCUGUAAACAACAAACCAUAAAAACAUUCCGUUUUUACAUAGGAAACUUACUUUUGGCUCAGUCAAGCAGGGUCCGCAUUGUAAGUACUGUCUCAUUUGUUCCGGAGGUGUAAAUCUUGACUUUAUUUGUUAAACUAGUUGUUGUUCUUUGAUAGUCAGUGAAUUACAAGGUAAUAAACGUAACCUAU